UGGCUGUGCCUUAGAACCCAGCUGGACCAAUCUGUGGAACAGAUGGGUGGGAACUUACAAGUUCCAUCCUCUUUCUUCUUUAAAAAGCCAGAUGCAGGUUGGCUGCUGUCUUACAUUGAUCUAGGAUACUAGAUGCAACUGCUGUUCUGAAUGUAGUGAGCAGAUUGUAGUAUUAGAUUGUUGUCAUGUCUAGGUAUAGGCAACAUAUGGAUUUCCAAUACUGAGAAUUUAUUAUUUUUCCAUUCGCUUUCUCUUGCUAGCAGACCUGGCAGAUCACUUCGGGUAUUUUCUAUAUACAGGCUUGCCAGAAAAGAAAGUAACUAAAGGGGGCAUAGCACAUUAGAGGGCCUUAAGGAGAGAACAGAGGAGUGGGAUAGAAACAGUGUAGSUGUAGAAACAGGGUUAGGUAGAUAGACUGCCAUGAGAGAGGAUCCGUCAAGCUGUGGUGAAUACCCUGAGGGAGGGGUGGUGUCCAGUGAGGAGGAGCCAGACUGUGCUCCAAUCAAAUACCCUGUGGUGGUGGUAACACCAGGGGCCGGCGGGCGCAAGAGUGUCACCAGGACAGACAACAUUUUAUCGCCAACAGAGGACAACAAGUCAACAACAGGAGGGCCUCCCAGUUUGAUCCCAUCAGGACCUAAGAGACCUAAGAAGAGUCUCCAGCCCUCUCUGUCUCCUCUCCCCAUCCCAGGCCAGCCCUCCCUGUCUCCUCUCCCCAUCCCAGGCCAGCCCCUGGAGGACCCUCAGCACCAACGGGUGAUUGCCAAUGUACGGGAGCGCCAACGGACGCAGUCCCUGAACGACGCUUUUGCCUCGCUGCGUAAGAUCAUCCCCACGCUCCCCUCGGACAAGCUGAGCAAGAUCCAGAUCCUAAAGCUGGCCUCGCGUUACAUUGACUUCCUCUACCAGGUCCUGCAGAGUGAUGAGAUGGACGCCAAGCUGGCCAGCUGUAACUACCUAGCCCACGAGAGACUCAGCUAUGCAUUCUCAGUGUGGAGGAUGGAGGGGGCCUGGUCCAUGUCCGCUACCCACUAGCCCUCCCAUUUACCUCUCUAACACCCUCUCGCCAUCCCCUCCUGCCCCCACGCCCUCCCACAGCUGCGCCCUCCGGACCAAAUCUCCCAUGACCUCUGACCCCUGCRCUCUGACCCUCAUCCUCACAUCAUCUAACUCCUCCACCACUCUACACCAGAUCUUGACGAGGCUCAACAAAAAUAACCUGGUUUUGAGAAACCAUGCAGCAGUUAGCCAUCAAAGGAGAAGUGAUGGCUGUCUACUGCACUCCCACAAACCACUGAGUUKGAUGAAAGAGGUGCCAUUGAUUCUUCCAGCUCCACAUCUCCAUGGUAAAGAUGGCUAUCAGACGCCUCAUCAGUGGCUGUGCCUCCCUUCACCAGUGGCCACACAUUUGCCAUUUGAAACCACUGCUUUACCCACUUCACAAGAGCAUCCGACCAAGGCGAUUGAGAAGCCUUCGCGUUAGUCUGCAAUCCCUUUGAUUACUGGUUUGUACUUACACCUCUGGACCAUCUAAAUCACAGAUCUCAGCCCUGCCCUCACUCUGGAGAGGUACUGUAGAGACUCGGCUUCCUCGAGCGCACACAGAAACGACAGGGCAACAAUUUUGAGCUGCUAGCAGGCCUGGAAGACGGACAACUAUAGCAUUUUAUGACCUGGAAAUUGCAACUUUGACUUAGAAACAGUUUUGUACACAAAUGUAAGUCAUGUGAAUGUUCCUAUUCUAGUGUAAAUACAUGUAGUCACAACCAAUAGAACAUUAUUGAUUAAAAGGGAAUCAGUUGCUGUAAAGAAUGUAUUUGUAUUACAAUUGUAGAUAUGUGGAUAAAAUAUGCCUUGUGAUUUUCUUGUCCAUAUAAUAAAAUGUGUAUUUGAGCAUC